AUGGAGAUUAAAACUAAAGUCGUCAGAGAAGUUCUUAAACAAUUCUACUUUAUAGUUCUAUUUGAUUUAAAAGUUAUUAAAAACUCUUUCCAAUAUAUAUAUGAAUUAUUUAAUGAAGGGGGAUGUAUCGAUUUAAAUAUUAUAGUCCACUGUCCCAUUUUUCUAUGCAUGGUAUUUUGUAUUAUAAUAGGAUUAAUUGCUUCUCAUUAUUAUGUUAAAGACAUUGCUGUACAUAUAAAUCAGGGGUUCUUUAUUAACGAAUUUUUAGUUAUAUUGUUUUAUGUAUUUAAUUCCUUUGAAAAAAAAAUUGAAUCAGAAGAAAUGCAAAAUUUAAAACCUUUAGUUGAUAAUUUUAUAAAUAAAGAAAUAAGUUAUAUAAAUGCGGAUUCUGAUUUAGACUUAAAAAUAACAUUUGUAAAUACAUUGUUAUGUGAAAAGUUUGAAAAGAAUAAUAAGGGGUGUUUAAAAGAAACAUAUUUAUUUUGUGUAGAAUUGUUAAUUUAUAUGAUUAUUUCUAACUUUUCCAAUGGGUUAAUAAGCACUGAAAAGACUUUAAUAUUAUUUAUUCUAAUAAUUAUGAGCCUGAAAACAUGUUUAAAAGCCUUUUUAGAUAAUGAUGAAACAAUAAUUGUAUAUCUUAAAAUGAGUGAGUGUAAUAUUUUUUAUUUAAUAACCUGUGUUAUUAUAUUUAUUCUAUCCUUGUUUGUAAAACUUGUUCGAGAUGUUUUAGUUAAUGUAAUUCUAUCUGUUUUUUACAGUAUUAUUUUAAGUCUUCUUAUUUCAUUUAUUUAUUAUGAAAAAUAUGAAUUUUAUAGCCGUUUAAAAUUACUUUUAUUAGAUGAAGAUGUUUUAAUAAGAAAUGUAAAUUUUAUUAUUUCUGAUAAAAAAUUUGAAAUUGAAUUUAUAUUUAUGGGGUGUUUUAUACUUUAUCUUAUUACUAUAUUUCUUACAUGGAGAUUAUUUUGGAAGAAAAAAAUAAUUGUUUAA